CCAAACACACACACACACACACACACACACACACACACAUAAGUCAGCUACAAAGCUUUAUUUCUUGCUCACUUGCUUACAAAUUAAAGUAGAAUAUCAGCCCAUUCUGCCCUUCUGUGGACUUCUGAAGAACUACCAACGGGCAGGUCAAAAUUCUCGGUCAGAAUAUUGCAAUAUGGAGGUAAUUGUUAGCCGGGCUACGCUAACGUGCGCAGUGGGCCCUCUUUCCUCCUUCCUCCUCCUAUUGGUCAAAGCUCAUCUGCUCUAUUUGGCACAGAAUCAGGAGAAAAUAUUGAUGACGAGCCCAACCAAAGGCGAAUCAGAAGCAUUUGAUGCUGAGGGAGCAGAUAGCGACAACGAUGGUGACGAGGAUGGUGACAACGGAGUUUCUGGUUAUGGAGGUGGUGACUUCUCCGAAGAAGAAGAAGAUGAAAACCACGGGAACAACAAUCCCAAUAGCAACGGCAAAGGCAACGCAAACAAAGGCAACGAUGGUGCCGAUGAAUCGGAGAUUCCAAAUGAUGAUGAUAAUGACGACGAUGAUGAUGCAACAAAUGGCGACAAUAACGAUGACGACAAUGAUGAUGAUGAUGAUGAUGAAGAUGAUGAUGAUGAAGAAGAUGUAGUGGUUGAAGACGAGUCUGACAAAGAAAACGAAGAGGAAGAGGAAGAAGAGGAGGAACUUCAGCCUCCGAAGAAGAGGAAGAAGUGAAUAAUCAAUCACUUGACACGCUUUCCAAGUUUUUUUUUUUUGAAGUACUAUCGAUUUCAUGGGAUAUUGAGACGUUAUAAAUGUACCCAAUAACAUCAUUUGGGGACAACUGCUUAAUUACAUCUUUGUAUUGCAUCUGACGGUAUUCGUGCGAUCAAUGCUUAUUCUCUUCCAUAAA